AGCCCGUAUAAUCUAGUAGCAAUGGACGUGAGGAACUCUGUAGGCGUUAUUGUGACCAAUUCGGCGGUAACGAUUGCGUGGUACCCGUUUCAUAUGGUAAAGACGCUUAUUCAGGUCGGUCAUGAGCCGCUCGCUCCUUGCGACAGCAUCUCGUUUCCCUUUUUCAAUCGUUCCGUGAGACGCUUUCCGUCCGCGUUCAGCUACGUUGGCUACAUUCGUCGACGCGACGGCGUUUUUGGCCUCUAUCGAGGUCUCACGGCGAAACUGGUGGAGAACGCGGUCGGCUGUUUGGUGAGCGAGUACGUCAUGCACGCGGUGAGGCCCGCGAAGACGAAACGAGUGCAAGAGCUCGAUCUACGGACGGUUGACAUCCGGGACUAUGCCGUGCACGUGCUGAAGGAAGGCGUUGAAACGAUGGUGGCUCGUUCUGCCGGGUUGUUUUUCAGUCAGCCUUUCUACGUCAUCAGUCUUCGCGCGCUCGUGCAGUUCGUUGGCCAGGAGACGAUGUACAACGGGAUAUUCUCGUCUAUCCGGGAAAUUUUGUGGCAGGAAGGCGUGACGGGUUUCUACUCCGGAUUCAUUCCUCGACUCAUCUACGAACUGUCCGUGUUCUGGAUUGCGCACACCGUCCGCUCUGUUGUUGAACUCUUAGUGGCUAGAUUUGGAGAUAACGAGGAGAAGGAGGACGACAACGAUGGUUCUCAGUAUCAAUUCCAUUUUGUGGCCAGUUUUUUGGGCUCUCUGCUUGCCUAUCCCAUUCAACUGGUUGCAACGCUAAUGUCAGUCAACAACUGUGGACUAGAGGCUACUCAGCCGCCGGUCAUGCCAGUGUUUGCUGGUGUGUGCGACUGUUGGUCAUAUUUGAGAUCGAACAACAUGAUGAGACGAGGAUCCAGCAUAUUUGUGAGAAGUGUACAGUGAUUAGUGCAGCAUAGAGUAACGACACGUUACUACACAAUUCGAGUUCUAGCUGUUGGCUUUUGUCUGAUUGUCAAAUAGUUUUUGUAUUUCAAUAAACGGUGCGAGCUAGUCUGAUCAACUAUCUUUAUGAUUUCUUUGGUAUUCGUUAGUGAAAACAGCAAUGGCCGUUUGAUUUUCGGGCAAAUACAAUGUACAAGCAACUACAUUUUAAAA